CAUCACCUGAUGAGAUCCUUCUGCCUUGAUCAAUUACAAGCGCGCCCUUCAUCCUACACUCAUGCGCGCCCUCCACAUACUUAUCCAAGCGAUAGCGAUGAGAAUUUUCGACUAUUUAUUCAUCGUCCAAUACUCUCCAAUCAGCCCGGCAUGAAAUCAUUUGAGCCUUCGUCUUGGUUCUUUUCGACACACACAUUUGAAAGCAACAAUACCUGAGAAAGUCUCUUCAAACCCUAGCCAAACAGCAUGGUCACCGUCGAUCUCGACUUCCGUCUUGCGACGGUUGAAGACGCUAUUCCACUAGGACGCCUCAUCAACACCGCUUUUCUCGCCGACAAGACAACACAGGUGUUCUUGACGGAUGAUCGCAGUGUCGAUGUUAUUGACGUACCUACGAUCAUUGCCAAGAUCAGCCAGCCCGAUUGCGCCGUUCUUGCCGUCGAGGACCGAUCGACCGGGUCUCUGGUGGCCCACGGCUCCGUGCGCAAACUUGAUAACGGCCGCGCAUGGUUUGGCAUGUUAGCCGUGGACGUCAACUGUCAGAACCGGGGCCUCGGUAGCAAGGUGCUUGCGUGGGCUGAACAAUACGCCUAUCGCGAAUGGGGCUCUCCUAGGAUGGAGUUCGACGCCGUGAACACCCGUACUGAGUUGAUUGCCUGGUACAAGAAAAGAGGGUAUCUGCCGACUGGACAAACCACGCCUUUCCCUUACGAGCGCCAUGGGAACUGGGAAGGGGUGCUGCGAGACAAUCUCUGCUUUAUUAACCUGGGGAAGGAUCUUGGGGAGCCCCAUGAAGGUCCAGUGGGACCACAUAGGACAAAUCAUCGGAGAUAGCCUAAAGGACUUGGCACUUGGCACUUAACACUUAGCAUAUAAAAUUUAGGAUUAUAUUUAUAUAAGCUAUUAUUGUACGAAAGGAUAUCCAAUUUAAUUAAACUAUAUACCUAUCCAAUUACC